UAUACACUGUUUAACUUAUUUUUUUACUAUUAAAUGCAUUUCAUUCGACUGUCAUGGCGACGAGGCGGUCGACGCUUGGGCCCACUUGGGACCAUUCGGGCCUACUUGGGCCGUAUCAAUGCGUGCUGCUAAGGCGGUGAUUAUAGUAAAUACUGCGCUGUUUUAUGUGAAAUUUUGUUAGUCUAUGACGCGUCUAUUUGUAAAACGACAUUGUUGACAACGACUUUUCUUGUAUGCAGAACAUAGCAAAAUUGUAUGGCAGGUACUUAUAGUCAAGUGGAAGAAAACAGGUACACCACAAAACGUAAGUUGUUUAUAAAUAGCCACGUAGCUAAAGGGCCUUAUCAUUGUUUGUUUUCAUAUAUAACCGAAUUUCUUCUCCGUGUUUUAUCCUUGAGUUAGUCUUAUUUUACCAGGUAUGACAUGUCAUACACCAAUACUUACCUUUUACAAACGUUUAACAUUAUAUUACGGCUUCUUCUUCUUCUUAUUUCGAGACUGACUUUACAAAUUAUAAUGUAACGUCGCAGUAGGCUAUAUUUUAGCAGUAUGUAAAAUAAUGACUUAUUUAUUGCCAUCCGCGCAAAUUAUGGAAUUUUAAAGCAAUUUGCAAUAACAUAAUAGAUAUAUAAAAAUAUUGAAUAUUUUGUACCAAAAAAAAUUACAUAAUAUAAAUUAAUUUUUUGCUGGAACUACUUGAUCGUAAAUAGUUACGAGUGGCGAAAUUUGCAAUGACGUCACACCUUUGUAAACAUUUGCUAUCAGAGCUAAUAAUAUGUUUAGUGUUUACAAACGUGUGAUAUUAUAAUACUAAAUCGACGCCAUGUUGCGGUUGAUAUUUAUUCCACAUAUUUUGUAAUGCUGCUUUUAUGAAAUACGUAUAAUAAUUAUAAUUAAUAAUUAUUUUUAGGACUCACAGACACUACAUUCGCGAUGGCUUCCAGAAACUAGCCAAUAAGCAAUACCAAAAUAAAAUCGUAAUUUUUAAAUCUAAAUGUCCCACGUGAGGUCGUGGGCACAAAUUAGUGAUCUAUAAAUACCAUAAGUACUAUGUAUUUUGGCAUUGUCUAUCGUCAUCAAACAAUAAUGAUUUGCGGAAGUUGGUAUUCAUGUCUACGUAGCAAAGGUUGUUAGCUAAAUGAUAUGUUUAUAUUACAAUCAACACAUAGAACCAAUAAUACCCAUACAUAUUAUUUUAGUCGGUUAUUGGAAUUUGCACAAUAUGGGUAUACAUAUGUACCAAGUUUCACUAAUUUUCUUUGGUUUAUUUGCAUACAGUUUUUGUUUAAAUCCACAGAAACUAAAAUCCCCAGAAAAUUAUGGUCCUUACGUUAUGGAUUGGCAAUCCGCGGAGCUUUGUAAAGGUCCCAAAGCUGUGAACGUAGCGCAAGUAACAUUUAAUUUUAAUAAGGAAUCUGGCCUAUUCACAUUUAAUUACACGUUUAAAAUUGAUACUCGAAUUGAUGAGAUCAAAGUAUCUGUAUCGACCGAAAAAAAUGGCGCAAAGACCACAAUGUGGAACUACCGAAUAAAAGAUCCAUGUCGAAACUUCAUAGUAGGAAGUUUAGUACGACUAUAUUUUAAAACUGAUAAUAAUUGCGUGACCAAAAAGGGCUUCUAUUUGUGUCAGCUAAAUUUCCACGAGACAGGCAAAUUGUUUUUGGGUGAUUCAUUUUUCUACGGUCAAUUUAUAUUUAAAUCAAUUAUUAUGUCUAAAGCAGGCAGAAAUCAGUAA